UAGUUGUGUGCGUGUGGGAGACGAGCGGAGUGAGGGGAUCGCGGUAUUUGUCGCGCACGCUGCGUGCAUUUACUAGUGUUGCGCGAAGAGCGCGUGUAGUUCGUGAUAUUUAGAGGUGACUUGAACUGUCACACGAGACUACACCCGGCUUCAUAAUGUCAAAUCGAGCAUGGGUAACUCUGGCCACAAACGACUCCUACGGCUUGGGAGCUCUGGUGCUGGCCCAUUCGCUCCGCCGCGCCGGUUCGGUGUACCCUGCCGUAGCACUCAUCACACCUACCGUCAGUGAAGCUAUGAGGGAUCGUCUUCGCGCAGUUUUCUCCGAAGUAGUCACGGUAGACGUUCUGGACUCAAGAGACGCGGCUCACCUGGCCCUCCUCCAGCGGCCAGAGCUCGGCAUCACCUUCACAAAGAUCCACUGCUGGAACCUCACUCAGUACGAGAAAUGCGUAUUCCUAGAUGCCGAUAUAUUGGUGAUCCAAAAUUGCGAUGAACUCUUCGAGCGUGAAGAGCUAUCGGCUGCUCCCGACGUGGGAUGGCCCGACUGUUUCAACUCCGGCGUUUUUGUCUUCAAACCUUCAAACGAAACCUUCGAGAAACUGAUACAAUUCGCGCAGCAGCGAGGCAGUUUUGAUGGUGGUGAUCAAGGGCUACUGAACUCUUUCUUCUCUGACUGGGCGCACGGCGACAUCAACAAGCAUCUUCCCUUCCUAUACAAUGUUACAACUGCGGCUUUCUACUCAUAUUUACCAGCUUUGAAACAUUACGGACAGAAUUUGAAAAUCAUUCACUUCAUUGGCGCCGGUAAGCCUUGGCUUCAGCGCUUCAACUGGGAGUCCCGGUCGGUCGAUGCCCCGGGGUAUCUCCAGGAGUUCCUUCAACUCUGGUGGGACCUUUUCGUAUCACAGGUCCACGCCCAACUCGACCAUUCCAUGGUUGAGGUGGAGGCAUCACAGCAAGAGCCCCCUGAACAUCCCCCGGCGUUACCACCGCAGGACAUCAACCAACAUCUUCACUAUCAGCCAGUUUUAGACCCUGAAUCAGAAUUUCCCUGGCACAGACCAGGAAACCAAAUACCGGACUUAAAUAUUGAACAAUACCAUGAAUUUUCGGAGCUCCCUGAUCCUUGGGAUAUUUACGGGGGCAACAUACCUCCAAUGGCAGAUGACGUCACGAGUCACCAUUCCGUUGGAGACCUCCAAUACCAUGAAGAAUUACACAGAUACGCUUGGGAAUAUCGUUUACAACAAGAGAAUGCGCAGCAAGCUACGGAACACUUCCCGCAUGCCCAAAGCGAAGAUCCUUUCUCACUAGAUCAUCAACAUCAUUACGAUUAUAAUAAACAUCACUCACAUAAUUCACAACAUUCCGAACUAUUACAUACUGUCAAUAAUCAGUUACACGAUCAUAAUUUCCAAAACAAUACCCAACCUAGUUGUGAUUUUACCCACCAAAAUUACAUUAAUAAUCACAAUAAUACUUACGUUGAUAUCCAACCAGUACAUUGGCAUGAGGAACCAUCAUGCCCGGAAUAUCCUCAAAGAGAACACACACAACAUUGCGAUCAAAAUCAAUUACGGCCUGUUCAUCAUGAUCAUAAUGUGUACCAAGAUUAUCAACAAACGCACCACCAAAAUCUAACCCACCGAGUUAAUUCCACAAACCAAGCCCAGUAUUCAGAAAAUCAUUACGAUCAUGGACAGGUAACACAUAAUCAUCAAGAAAAUUUUGUGCCCUUACAAUCAAACGAAAACAGCAUACACAAUAAUUCUAUUCAAAUACAUCAAUGUCACAAAACUACCCACACUAUUGAGCACAACACACAAAAUAAUAAAGAAUUACCAGAAAAUGAUUUGGCUUCAAAGAAAUCCUAUGAAAAUCUGAUAGAUUCAUGUCCGAGACAGAGCUACGAAGUACGUCGUCUUGAAGAGGAAAGAAAUAAAGAUACAGUUAGUUCUUCUCAAAUGAAUCUCGAAAAUGGGCUAAACGAUGAAAGUAGCGAUGAGAACAACGAUUAUGUUGAAGAUAUUAGACCCAGGCAUCCUUAUGAUGGUUUUUAUUUACGUCAUCAAGUGACCAUAGAUUCUAGAGGUAGAAAAAUUUGUACCCAUGAAAUCCCUGACAUGCCUUCAGUACCUUCGGAGUCCCCUGAGCCACAGGAAUAUUAUUCAGCCGAAGAAGCGUUUAGUGAUAGCGAAGAUCAAAGUGGCGUAGCGGGCAACUUGGCCAGAGUUGUAUUGGGAUCGGGAACUUCAACUGAAGCCAUAGACGAUUUAGCUCGUCGUCAAGGUUGGGAAGCCGGUAACAUUGACUAUAUGGGAGCUGAUUCUUUUGACAAUAUCUGGGCAAAAAUUUCUCAAACUUUAAGCCAACCCCGAACUUCGCCUCCUAAACAAUUGUCGCCUCCUAAGGAAGUCUCUCCACGACAGCCAACUCCUGAACAAGUGGAAUCUGAGAAUGCUGAGGCAAUUCCAGAAACUGUUACCGAGGCAAUUCCAGAAACUGUUACCAAGUCAAUUGAAGAUGCAACAGUAACUGUACCUACCGAAACAACGGUUGAAGAAACUCCAUCACAAAUUUCCGCGACUACAAAUGCUCCUGAAGUUCUGCCUGCUGUAAUAGAUAGUGAUUCUGUCGCAGUACCUGAGCCUGCUCCGGUCACUUCUGAAUCUCUAGUGGCCCCUGUUGAGGUUUUGGCCGUUCGCCCUGUAGCGAUUGAAUCUGAAGCAAUCGCUUCGGCAGCUGUACCAACAGUAACAGAAACUCCACCAUCUUCUGACAGCACACCGACUGAGACUGAACCUGUACAAAAACCUGAGACUGUACCAGCAACUGAAACUGUAACUGUAGAUGCCGGUGAGACUGUACCCUUAGAUGUGGCUGAAUCUGCACCCGUAGCUUUAGAUGAAGUUGCUCCUGAGGUGCCAAGUGAAAUUAAAGCAGCAGAUGUAAUUGAAACUGCUUCUUUACCUGCAAGUGAAUCUUCACCGAUAGUUGCAAGUGAAACUGUAUUAGGAAUUACAAGUGAAGCUUUAUCUGAUGUGCCUCUCGAAAUACCUGUUCCAGUAGCGGAACUCGAGCAAGUGCCACCGACUGAAGUACCAACAGUUGUAGAAUCAGAAACAUUGGCGAAACCAGCAGAGGAACCUAGUAUUCCUCUAGUUGCGGAUGAACCAGCCUCUGUAAUACCAGUGCCAGUAGAGGCGUUAGCAACGGAAACCGAAUUGGAAACCAAAAAAGAAUCGCCCAAGAGACUGGUUGAAUCAGCCAAAGAAAAGAUCGAAACUAUUGCAGCAGCUACCGAGCCAGCCGCUCCCGAGGUGCCUCAAACCAAAAGUGCUGUCGAAACAAUUAAAGACUCAACACUUGCGGAGCCCGCAUCUCCUGCUCUUGCAGCCGAAGCUCCUUCCAGUCCCGCUAUUCCAGAAUCUACUCCAGAGAAACCAGCGGCUGCCGGAGAUAGCUCCACCGACAGCCCUCCCUUAGCCAACACACCGUCCAAAGAAGAAGCCCCCGUCGUUCCGGCCGCCAAAUGCCCUAACCGAGCUUGCUCUCUAAUGUGACCGCCAUACUAACGUCACGCGUAACCGAACCGGAGAAUAAAGGCGGGAUGAUAUUGGUUGUGUAGCCGCGGAACGUCGCAAGCCGGCCGGCAAGCUGCAGCUGAGUCCGCCCGCCGCCGCCGACCCGCUCCCCACCCCCGACAGCGAGCUCGAGGACGCCGCCACGCUCGCGCACCAGAUCAUCGCCAGCGAGCUGCGCACGCCCACUGUCACCGCGCCCGACGCCGACCACUCCCCCACCUCGCCACCCCUGCCGACUCGUGCGGCCGGACUCGCCGUCGACGAGCCCACGGUACCCACGCCACCCGUCGGAGCGGUCUCGCUCGCUAAUAUCGGAGUCAAACCUACCAAGAGCAAACCUGUGGCCGAGCCGACCCCAAGCGAAGCUGCCCCUACGGAAGCACCCAAAAAAAAAGUUGUAAAGAAGGUGGUGAAGAAGGAACGCGCACCGGGCGGUGAGGCGCCCGUGCCGCCGCCCCGGAAGAAGGAGAAGAAACCCAAAGAGAAUUGAGCGUCCGCGCUCCGACCCUUCCCGUGCCAUACGUGUAGCCUCGCCUUUGCCGUGUUAAUGUCUGAUAUUAUUUUCGAAUAUUAUUAUGCUUUUACUUAAUAUGUACUGCGUAUUUUAUUAUUAUCGAUUAGAUCUAGUUUUGUGUAUUCAAUACUGCACUAAACAAUGUAACUUUGUUUAUACUUUUGUACUCCUAUUGAUAUUUUUUUAUUUUUCAAUCACGCUAUUCCGGCUUUUAUAAUUGUGAACAUGAAACUACCAAAGGAUACAACGUAUUUAUUGAAUCGAAUUUUGUAUGUAAUUUUUAUAUUAAAAGUCUAUUUUGGAAUCAAA